GCUAAAAAGAAACCCACUCCAGUGAAGUAUGAAGUUGGGGAUCUUGUUUGGGCCAAGUUCAACAGGCGCCCGUGGUGGCCGUGCACAAUCUGUCAUGACCCGGUGCUGGACUGUCACUCGAAGAUGAAAGUUUCCAAUCGGAGACCAUACCGAGAGUACUAUGUGGAUGCCUUAGGAGAGCCCUCAGAGAAAGCCUGGGUUGCUGGAAAAGCUAUUGUCCUCUUUGAAGGAAGACAUCAGUUUGAAGAGCUGCCUAUCCUUCGGAGAAGAGGAAAGCAAAAAGAAAAAGGCUACAAACAUAAGGUUCCUCAAAGAUUUAUGGCUAAAUGGGAAGUCAGUGUUGGACAGGCAGAAGACCUUCUCCUCGGGGGGCCAGAGGAUCAGAAGUGCAGCCAGAGCUCCAGCGAGCUGGACAGCGAGAAGGAAGCGCCCUCGGAAUACUACACCAAUGGCCCCAGAGCAGAAAGGGACAGGCAGCUGAAUGGUUGUUUUAAAUCCUUGGCAUUUGACUCCAGACACCCCGUCAGUGAGAAAGGAAAGUUGCACAUUAAACCACGCAUGAAAAAGAACUCUGACAGYAGAAAAAGGACUAGAGUAAAAAAGAGUGGCACAAGAGGGGACRCACCUAGGGGCGAAAACAAAGACAAGACAUCAGAGAGCUUGGUUAGAAACAUGAUUGCUGGGGACCUACCAGAGAAGCAUGCAUCUCAUGAACUUCGGCGCAUCGCGAGCAGUCUCACAGCAUCCAGUGGCCCCAGGGAAAACCAUUUGCUUUCGUCCUUUGGAGAAAGACGCUUUGAAAAGGCAGCUUUGAAACCAGAGUAUGAGGCUCGCAAAAGCGAUACUCUGAAAAACACCCUCCAGGGGGAUUUGUUUUCCAAUGCAUCUUUGGAAAGAGAGAAGAACUCCCUGGGCAUUCUGUGCAGUUCCAAAUUGCAAAUACACUAUUCUGCAUCCGAUUCUGGUAUGGAGAAAAAGCAAACCGAGUCGGAUACAUCCUCUUCCUUCUCUGAUGAUGGAAACAGUGAUGUAGAUACCAUGGACCAAAGUUCAGAGAGAGCCUCUAGCACGCUUGAAGUUAGUGAUUCUUCAGAUAAAAUGGAGAAGGAGUUUCCUAUGACGUCAAGUGGAAACAUUAAGCUUUCCAUGUACCUGUCUCAGAAGAGCAACAGAAGGGCCAAGAAGAAGUCGCACAGAGAUCGCAAAUCUCGGGGAGGUUCGGUAGCCAGCAGACUUGAUGCUGAGUUUGCAGAUGGGGAACUUGAAGGAGGCUCCUCUGAUGCCGAGAUGUCACUGAUGGCUCUUGAGUGCUCUUCAGACGUGAGAAAUGACAAUCUUUCCCGAGCAAGCAAGCACACUACUCCCCAAAGCGUUUCCAAGGACAGCUCCUGGGCCGCCGUUCCAAAGCAAGCGAUCUUAAAAACAAAAAGCAUGAAACUGUCCCGGAUCAGGAGUAUAAAAUGUAAACAUAAAGAAAAAGUUGCUGGCUUGGAACCUUCUCUCGCGGAAGAGGAGCGCAGCAUGAAUUGCUGCUCUCCUGAUACCAAAGGUUUCUCUGGCCUUCACAGAGAGUCUCUUCCUAAAGGUGGAAAAGUUGAUGGUCAGAAACUGUUAAACAACAUGCACGAGAAGGCCAGGGAUUCUGCUGAAAUAGAGACAGCCGUGGUGAAACACGUCUUGUCAGAGCUGAAGGAACUGUCUUUUCGGUCCAUAAAUGAUGAUGCUGGCGUCUCUGGCACUCCAAAGGCCACAGUACCUUUACUUUUCUCUUCCACUUCUGGUCACAGUCGUUUGCCUAUCGAGCCAGAUUACAAAUUCAGCACCUUGUUAAUGAUGUUGAAGGAUAUGCAUGAUAGUAAGACGAAAGAGCAGCAACUGAUGGCUACUCAGAAUAUGGUCCCGUAUCGAAAUACCAGUACGGCUGACAGCUCUGGAAGCAAUUCUGCGAGUGGCCUGAAGUCCUUGGCUGUUGUAGGCCCCCCAUAUAAAGUAGAAAAAAAUGGGGAUUGCGUCCAGGAAACAGUAAAUCCAAACUCCAGUAUAAGCAACUCCUCAUUUUCACGCAAUCCUACAACCAAGUUAACGGGGAUUGGGACUAGCAAAAGGGAUCCCACGAAUACGGCUGUUUCUGGGACAAAUGGCACAAAUUGCGUAUCCAAACGCAACUGUUCAAAGCCUAAGCAGCCAUCAAAACUUGGAGAUAAAACAGUUUCAAACAGAAAGGACUUAAAACCAGGAGGGCCAAGUAAGUUGCUAAGUCGGUUAUCCAGAGAUUCAGGAGAACAUGCAUUCCGUGUUCGUGGUUUGGUUACCCGUCCUCUAGGUAAUGAAGCAGAAGAUACUGGGAGGAAAGAGUCUGUUGAUUUAACAGAACAUUCAACUGAUGAAGACUCUGCCUGUUUAUCUGAUGACAAUUUAGAUCAUAUUGGAAGGAGACCUGAACCUGGUAGAAAUAUUGAGAGCUGCAUUUCUGCUGAAAACGGGCAGAGUCCAGACUUGGAUUCAGAGGCAAAUAGUGAGAGCUCUCUUGGUGAUGAGUCUAAUGAUAUGAAUUAUGUAGCACCCAAAAAGCGAUGGCAGCGUUUUAACCAAAGCAGUGCUAGAUCCAAUAAGCACAUCAGUAGAUCUAGGGAACAAGGAAACUUGGAGAGUGCCUUUGGCCUGAAUUCUCGUGGCUUUUUGCUGAAGGGGAAUGAGUGCUUGGGACGUAGGCAUUCCUCUCAUUCGAAGGUGCUUGAGGGAGACCUAACAGAUCAGGACUAUGAGAAUCAUUUAGACUUAGUUGAGAAACGUUUGAAUGUAUGUGGUAAGCCAAACAACAGUGUGAUGGACUCAGAAACAGAUCUUGGCAGCUUUGCUCCCCAGUCUGAAUUCUCUGCACAAGUACAUUCAGAGAGGAAACGCCUUAGAAAGCCAAGUAAACGGCUUCUGGAAUAUGCAGAAGAAUAUGAUCACAUAUUUGCCCCCAAGAAAAAAUCAAAGAAGAGCCAGGAGCAAUUGCAGAAGGUGAAUUCUGUGGUGAAGUCUGAAUUUGAAGGAGGGCUCCCUGCAAAAUUGAGUCCUGGGAGAGAUGCCCAACGAGGGCAGAGCCCUUUGGUUUCAACUCCAUCUUCAACCAAAGAGUCCCCUCCGGUCCUUGAAGCAGAGUGCUCCCUGUCAGAACUAGGAUCCCAUUCCACUGAUCCCGCUGACCAACUUUUAGGAGGACAUUCAGACUUUCCAGAGCUGGUGCUGUCUUCCUCAGAUGUUUCCGAAGUUUCUGCUUCUCCAGAAGCAGAGGAGAGAUUCCUGAAAACAGGAAACUUCGAAAGCAAACGUCAGAGGAAGCCCACGAAAAAGCUUCUGGAAUCGAAUGAUCUGGACACUACCUUUAUGCCAAAGAAGGAGGAAUGGACUCCCCCAAAGAAGGGCAAUCGCCCUUCCGAGAGUGACAGCUCUGAGCUCUAUUCUCCAACCCACUUCUCGGACCUGGGAGAAGCUCCUGAAAAGCUCUUGGAGAAGCAGCGGAAGCGGAAGAGACAGCGCCAUCCCUCUGUUGCAAUGCACUCCAAGAAGGAGAGGAAUGAGGAAGGGCUAGGGGAGGCCCCCCACUCUGAGGGAGAGACAUCAGUUCACGGGACUGCUGCAAGCCCCAAAGAGGGCAAUGAAGAAGGGUCUGAGAAUGACCACGGAGUGCCUUCGUCCAAAAGGAUGCAGGGGGAGCGCGGAGGAGGAGCAGCUCUCAAGGAAAAUGUCUGUCAGAUCUGCGAGAAGCCAGGGGAGUUGCUGCUGUGCGAGGCGCAGUGCUGUGGUGCUUUCCACCUGCAGUGCCUUGGGCUCUCCGAGAUGCCAAAGGGCAAGUUCAUCUGCAAUGAGUGUUCCACAGGGGUCCACACCUGCUUUGUGUGCAAGAGCAGCGGGGAAGACGUGAAGCGGUGCUUGCUGCCCCUCUGCGGGAAGUAUUACCACGAGGAGUGCAUACAGAAGUACCCGCCCACGGUGCUGCAGAACAAGGGCUUCCGAUGCUCCCUGCACAUAUGUAUGACCUGUCACGCUGCUAACCCCACCAACAUCUCCGCGUCUAAAGGUCGCCUGAUGCGCUGCGUGCGCUGCCCGGUCGCCUACCACUCCAACGACUUCUGCCUUGCUGCUGGCUCCGUGGUCCUCGCCUCCAACAGCAUCAUCUGCCCCAACCACUUCACAGCGCGGAGGGGCUGCCGCAACCACGAGCACGUCAACGUCAGCUGGUGCUUUGUCUGCUCAGAAGGGGGCAGCCUUUUAUGCUGCGAGUCGUGCCCGGCUGCCUUUCACCGUGAGUGUCUAAACAUUGAGAUGCCAGAGGGAAGCUGGUAUUGUAAUGACUGCAAGGCAGGCAAAAAGCCACGCUACAAGGAAGUAGUCUGGGUGAAAGUUGGGCGCUACAGGUGGUGGCCAGCUGAGAUUUGCCACCCCAGGACAAUUCCCGUCAACAUCCAGAAGAUGAAACACGACAUUGGCGAAUUCCCUGUGCUCUUCUUUGGCUCCAACGACUACCUGUGGACACACCAGGCCCGUGUGUUCCCUUACAUGGAAGGUGAUGUCAGCAGCAAAGACAAGAUGGGGAAAGGUGUGGAUGGCAUAUACAAGAAAGCUCUCCAGGAAGCUGCAGUGAGAUUUGAGGAGUUGAAGGCACAGAAAGAACUGAGGCAGCUUCAGGAAGACAAAAAGAAUGACAAGAAACCUCCUCCCUACAAACACAUCAAGGUAAACCGGCCAGUGGGGAAGGUGCAGAUCUUCACUGCAGACCUCUCGGAGAUACCACGUUGCAACUGCAAACCCACAGACGAAAACCCGUGCGGCCUGGACUCGGAGUGCAUCAAUCGCAUGCUGCUCUACGAGUGCCAUCCCAUGGUCUGCCCUGCCGGGGAACGCUGUCAGAACCAGUGCUUUUCCAAGCGGCAGUAUCCCGAGGUACAGAUUUUCCGCACGCUGGCACGAGGCUGGGGCUUGCAGGCGAAAACAGACAUUAGAAAAGGUGAAUUUGUUAAUGAGUAUGUUGGGGAGCUAAUUGAUGAAGAGGAGUGCCGAGCCCGCAUCCGCUAUGCUCAGGAGCAUGACAUCACCAAUUUCUACAUGUUGACACUGGAUAAGGAUCGAAUCAUUGAUGCUGGGCCAAAGGGCAAUUACGCUCGGUUCAUGAACCAUUGCUGCCAGCCCAACUGUGAGACUCAGAAGUGGUGUGUGAACGGGGACACUCGCGUUGGGCUCUUCGCACUUGUAAAUAUCAAAGCUGGAACUGAGCUGACUUUUAACUACAACCUGGAGUGUCUGGGAAAUGGAAAGACAGUUUGCAAAUGUGGUGCCCCAAAUUGCAGUGGCUUCCUGGGAGUACGGCCAAAGAGCCAACCCAGCCUCACGGAGGAGAAGUCCAAGAAGCUGAAGAGACGGCCGCAGAUGAAGCGCAGGUCGCAGGCCGAGGUCAUGAAGGAGCGCGAGGACGAGUGUUUCAGCUGUGGGGACGGAGGGCAGCUGGUUUCUUGUAAGAAGCCGGGCUGCCCCAAAGUGUACCACGCCGACUGCCUCAACCUGACCAAGAGGCCUGCAGGAAAAUGGGAAUGCCCAUGGCAUCAGUGUGAUCUGUGUGGCAAGGAAGCAGCUUCCUUCUGCGAGAUGUGCCCCCGAUCCUUCUGCAAGCAGCACCGAGAAGGCAUGCUCUUCAUCUCCAAGCUGGAUGGACGUUUAUGCUGCACAGAGCAUGAUCCCUGUGGGCCCAACCCGCUAGAGCCUGGAGAAAUUCGUGAGUAUGUGCCUCCCAUAGGAGCACUGGCUAACGGCGAGGACACCCAGCCGCCAGAGCAGCCGUCUGCAGACACAGACCUGAGCGUUCAGUCUCUGGACAGGCUGCCUCAGUCCGUGGCCUUCAGACUGCAGACAUCGGAGAAACCCCCCGCGACCCUAGCGCUGAGGCUGCCGCCUUCAGACAAACCCCCCACCACCCUAGCCCUGAGGCUGCAGCCGUCAAACAAGCCCCCCACCACCCUGGCCCUGAAGCUGCCUCCGCCAGACAAACCACCUGCCACCCUGGCCCUGAGGCUGCCGCCGUCAAAUAAACCCCCCACCACCUUGUCACUGAGGCUGAAGCCCUCCAACAAGCCCCCCACCACCCUUUCCCUCCGGCUGCAGCCUUCGGACAAACCUCCCACCACCCUGUCGCUCCGUUUGCAGCCCUCGGACAGGCCCCAGGCUGCCCUGUCCCUCAGGCUGCAGUCGGAGAAGCAGCCCAUCGUGGUGGCGCUGAGGUCUGAGCAGCCCGACAAACCYGCCGCCAACGCGGUGCUGUGGCCGCUGGACGAGGCUCCCAGCGACUCCUCCCAGCCCCAGCUUCCCAGCAAAUCUCCCCCGGGAACGCCGCAGUCGUCGGACGAGUCGCUCGUUGCUGUUGGUGACCUGCAGCUAUCGGACAAGGCUCCUGCCGCUGCCGACGUCUUGGGCUUCUCGAGCAAGCCCCUCGCUGGCACCAGGACCCAGCAGUCUCCGCUGCUGGAGGAGUUUCCCACAAAAUGCCUGCGCCCUCAGCUCUCGGACAGGCUUCUGGGCGCCGCGGGGMCGCCGCCGCCCCAGGCGGUGGAUGAGCUGCCCGUGGCCGAUCAGCCCGUGCUGCUCAGUAAAGCUGCUGCCCCCAGUCCGCAGCCGCAGCCCGUGGAAAAGGCUCCCAGCUCCGUGGGGUCGCGUGGCCCAGCCUUGGAGAAGGCUCCUGGCCCUGGCGUGCUGUGGCCUCUGCCUGUUGAAAACGUUCCCAGCCCCCCAGCCUCCCGGAUCCUGCCCACAGAGAAGGUUCCCGGAUCUGCGGGGCCACGGCUCCCACUUCCAGAAAAGGCUUCCUUCCCGGGGGCCGCGCGGCUCCCGGCCUCGGAGAAGGCGCCCGCCUCUGGGGCGCCGCGUGCGCUGCCUUUGGAGAAGGCUCCCACGUCGGGGACGUCACGGGUCCUCCCCACGGAGAAGGGCCCCAGCUCGGGCGUGCCGCGGCCGCCGGAGAAGGCCCCCGGCUCCAGGUCGCCGCACGUCCUGCCCGGGGAGAAGGCUCUGAGCUCGGGGACGCUGCGGCUGCCCCUGGGGCAGAAGGCUCUGCCCGCCGGCGUGCUGCGGCCCCUGCCUCCGGAGAAGGCUCCCGACUCGGCGCCGCUGCGGCUCCUGCCUCCGGAGAAGGCUCUUGGCUCCGGAGCGGCCUGGCCCGCGCUGCUGGAGAGGCCUCUCACGCUGACUGCGCCGUGGCCGCAGGCGUCGGACAAGCUGACGGCGGCCGUAGCUCCUCGGCCCCAAGGUGUGGAGAAGCCGCCGGCCGCCUCGGCCCCCCGGCUGCUGCUCUCCGAGAAGGCGCUGCGGCCCGUCGACCAGAACGCGCAGCCGAAAGACAGGGCAGCCGCUGCUGGCGACGGCAGUCCCCAGCAGAAGGAGAGGACCAUGUUGCCCGCUGAGCAAAUCUCCUGGCCCGCUGGGAAAGCGGCGGCGCAUGUCGGACAGGUACCUUGGCCCGCUGAGAAACUACAGACGCACGAGCAAAGCCACUGGCCCGCUGCAAAAGCCCUGAUGCCCGCGGAGCUGUCUGCUCGGACAGCAGAGAAGCUCCCCGAGCCGCCGCUGCAGCCUGGCUGGGAAGCGGCCGCGGCCGCCGCGGAGCAGAGCCCUUGGACAGCGGAGAGGCUGCGCGCGUUCGAGCAGGCGCCGCGGCCCGCGCGGGAGGCGCCCGCCCCUGCCGAGCAGGUGCAGUGGGUUGUCAGGAACGUUCAGACCAUUGACCAGAUUUCCUGGCUGGCUGGAAAAGUACUGAUUCCUCAGGAGCAGGACCCUUUGCCCGAACAAAACGCGGCGCUAGCCCAUAACCAGGAUUCUGUCUGUCGUGAGUUGGCUGACUCAGAGCCAAAGUGAGGUUGGUGAAUAUGGGAGGCAGGUUUCAGUCUUUUAAUGUUUAGGGAGGGGGUUAUUCCUUUUUUUUUUUUUUUUUAAAUUUUUUUUUUUAAAUUCACUUCCUUGAGCCCAGCCCCUAACCCGUGCACAUCCUAUCCAUAUUCUCUCAUGACAUGAGCAAGGACAUUCACUUGAGUCUGAGUGUGGCCCAGCCAAGGGGAGAGAGCAUCCGUGACCUUUCCCUCUUUCUUUUACAAACGGUAAAGCUGAAAUAAAAGAGUCCACUCUGGAUAAAAUCUCAGAUUCCAUUGGAAUGGUCACAUCACUGAUCCAGCAUGUUCAAGCUCCAGGUCUAAUUCACAGGUGGGUUCCCAAGUGCAGCUAGAGCCGGGGGUCUGUCUUAUUCCUGUGUUCAGCAGAAGCAGGUCAGUGAGGCUCCCCGGGAGUGCAGAGCUUUCAGGGAUCAGAUGAUGAGCAAGGAGGUGUGUUCCCUUGCCGGACAGCAGCAGCAGGGAAGGGGGUUGGCAGCUUGUGCCCAGUCUGUCCCGGCAGGGUUGUGCUUCGCAAGGUCUGUCCAUUCCUUCCCCAGGAUGAGCUGCGUGCAUGGAUCACCGAGGGGCAGGCAGCGGCUGCGGUAGGAGAGGAGCCCGCUGCACUCGGGCUGUGCAGUUCACCCCAGUAAAUACUCAAAAUACAGGCAAUAUUCAUUAAGGCUCCUUUGCGCAAAGCUGAGGCUGUCCAGGCCCAAGAAACGGGAAGUGUAGAGGAGGUCAGAGGAAAGAGAUCCUAGAAGGAGCCACCUGGCAGUAUUUUUUCAUCCUUGUGUUUCAACCCUUUAGCACAGGCCACGCAGAGCGUUUCCUGCACUUGAAAACACUGCGACUUAUAAAGCAGCAAUAGCAGAGCAGAGCGGAGCGAAUUUCCCCAAGGUGCUGCGCGCCGGCCCUGCGGGUCUCGGUGCUCCCUUUGAAAUUUCCAUCUAGUCUCUUCUCGACUCGUGUCGUUCCCGUGAGCCAGCAAACUGAGCGCUCCUUUCUUCGCUUGUCUCAGCCGUGCUCGGGAUGCGUGGGCAUCACAUCUGGCCUUCCCAGCAGAGCAAUGCCCUGCAGAGCUGCACGCGGAGCCCGUGCCACGCGCUCUGUAGCGCAGGGCCAGGAGAGCUGUGUGUGUCCAGGGACCCGUGGCAACACCUUCCCCUUGGGUAGCUCCUGGCUUAUCUACAACCAAAGGAGACUUGAAUUAACUGGACUAUUUUGGUGUGUGUGUGUGCGCGUGCGUGUGUGUCCUCCCACCUGAAUAGUAGUUCUCACACUGGAACGCAGUGGGCUCUAGCAGCUGCCCGGCCUUCUUUUCCUGCUCUCCCUCUUCCACUUGAAGAGAUGUUUCGUUCCURGUGGUUGUGGGGCCGGU